AAAGAGGAGAGAGGAAAUGUAGAUGCAUUGGAGAGAAGUUAUUUCCUCGCAAUGCAGGUUAUUGUGUAUCUCCAUAGACCGGCUUGCUAAGGCUACCUCAUGGAAAUACUUGGACUUUUCAGAAGGUUUUGUACUCUAUCUUUACCGGACAUUGGAGUGAGUCAAAGUUUCAGACAUAAAUAGAGAUCAUAUCCAGAUCAAAUCUCUCCAAAAAGAGAACCAUGAGCACUGUGGUAGUGGACUCGGACCACAUGAUACCAUGAAGAGAAGCCUGCAGGUCCUGCGCCGCCAGCUGCUGAGUGUUCUAGCGAUCCUAGCUGUGCCAGUGGGAGUGGUGUUCUCUACCCAGGAGCUGUACCCCAGCUGGACCCCCGAGGACCCUGUCUCCAUGUCAGCGCCCCACAGCAGCCCCCCUAACCCGCUCCUGCCUCUCCCAGACUGGCAGCAGGAGGACUCCAGCAGCGGGGACCCUUGGUCCCCCCAGGGAGGGGCGCUGCCCACAGGCAUCAUCAAGCCCACCACAGCGCUCAGCUCCUGGGGCUGGCAUCUAACCCACCACACCAGCCUGGCACACACUGUGACACCACCCAGUAAAGACAGCCUCAUUCAUGCUGCAGCUACUUUCAGUCCUAACACUGUGAACUCUGUGAGAGUCAACCAAGACCCUGGCCCUAGCUCUGUCAGCCCCAGUCCAGUCAAGCAGGCCCAUUCCCCCAGCUCUGGUGCUCUCAACCCAGGCCACAGCUCCAAUUCUCUCAGUGCAGACCAGGGCCUCUUGCCCAACUCAGUCAAUCAAGCCCAUAGCCCAGAUAAUGCUAAUGUUAACCAGGGCAACAGCCCUCCUAGACCUCCCAGCUCUGCUGGCCAACAGAGUGAGGUAGCUCCAGCUGCAGUGGAGGGGGCUCCAGACUCUGGGUCUGCCCUGGCUCCUUUGCCCAGCCCGCUCACAGAGAGAGAGGAUACUCUGGGCCCGGAGCUUGGUGGUCCCCCGGCCCCCACACACACCCAGGAGCCUCAGGGGGGGAAUGUCAAGGAGCCCAUAGACCCCAGUCAGCAGGACUUCACCACUGAGCUGCAGCCUUCCUCUCUCUCCUCCUCCUCUUCCUCAGAGGAUGCUGCUCUAGAUCAGACCCUCAGGGAGCAUGUUGAAGCCACGCCUGAGCUUUCCCGACCCCACGCCAUCACCCUACGGGAGGUGCACCCACUGGUCAACGAGGACCCCACCCUGGAGCUCAAAACAGAUGGCAAUGUCACUUUUCAUAGCGGCAGUGUGGAGGGCAUCCAUGGCGAGGACCCCUCCUCCCAGUGGAACAGCUCGUCCGCUACGGAGCCCCCCUCCACGGCCAGUGGGAACUUUCUGAACCGACUGGUCCCCGCCACCACUGCAGACCCCUGGGGUCCUGGUAAUGGCUCCGGCCCCGCUCUGGACUCACCGCUGUCCAGCGCCACCAUCUGCCUGAGCAAGAUAGACAUUGUGUGGAUCGUGUUGGCCAUCAGUGUGCCUGUGUCCUCGUGCUCUGUGCUGCUGACCAUGUGCUGUAUGAGGAGGAAGAAGAAGUCUUCAAAUCAGGAGAACAACCUGAGCUACUGGAACAAUGCCAUCACCAUGGACUACUUCAACAGGCACGCUGUGGAGCUGCCCCGGGAAAUCACGUCCCUUGACAAUGCUGAGGAGCAGGAGACGUGUCUACCCCCUAACGGGGACUACAGCGACAGUGGGGUGGUGCUGGUUAACCCUUUCUGCCAGGAGACCUUGUUCAUCAACAGAGAGAAGUCCUGCUACAUCUAGAGAGGAGGGACGCUGGUCUUGUGGCCAUGUCCUGAAACCACCAAUACAAGACUGUCAAAAAUAAAAGUUUGACUUUCAAAAUUAAAGUCCCCCGCCACUGCUUUCUCCCUAUUCUCCCUCCACUGUCAUUUUUAUAUAUGUGGUAAAUCUUCAGAGACUCCCACUUUAUACUGUACAUUAUGAAUAUAUAGACAAUACUAAGAGAAGAGCUAAUAACAGACAGUAUUUACUAUGAGGGUGCGCCCGCAUAUUUUUCUGAUGUACAUUUUCUACAAAUGCUUAAUUGUGAUAAGGGUUUUUAUGUCUUUAUAAACCACUGAGUGUGUGUGAUUUCCAUUUUGUUACAGUGUCUUGAUGGUGAGAACAUUGUGGACGUGGCCACUUGAAUUCUGCUUUAGAGAGAAGAUAUUCUGUAAGAACGUUGUGUUUCAUUUUCUUUUUAAUCAAACCCCAAAUAAUCACUGAAAAUCCUGUUGAACUUGAAUUCUGUACCUACGAGAUUUAGGGCAAUGUUUGUGAGACCAGGUUUUAGUAGAGGCAAUGGAGGUGUUAUAAUUUGAACUGCCUCUGUAGUAUGGGGACUGUCUGUCUGUGUCUCUCUUUGCCUCUCUCUCUCUGCCUCUUUGCCUCUCUCUCUCUCUCUGCCUCUUUGCCUCUCUCUCUCUCUCUGCCUC